GUGGCAGCCGUCCGCCGAGAGCCGCCCGGUGCGGCCGUGGGGAAGGUCAGGCUGCCCGCGCACCUCCCGCCGGCCGGGUGAGGGGCUCGGCGGCCCCAGCAGACGGGGCUGCACCCCCCCGCGGGAUCCGGGCCGGCCCUCGCAGCUCCGUGUCCCGCGGCGAGGGGGGUACCAGAAGAUGCUUCAGUGGUGAUACCUCUUUCACAAUGCAAGUUAUGAAUGAAAUUCAUUAACUAACAUCCCCUUCCUCACCCUGAUCUUCGAGAGACUUCCUGUAACGUUUGGAAGAAAGGGUCAGGGGAGAAGGGUUGAAGGUCACCAUGAAGCUAAAGCAGCGAGUUGUGCUGUUGGCCAUCCUCCUUGUCAUCUUCAUUUUCACAAAAGUUUUCCUCAUUGACAACUUGGACACCUCAGCUGCCAACCGGGAGGACCAGCGCGCUUUUCACCGUAUGAUGGCAAGCCUCCAUGUACAACUGGACCCCCGGCUUGACCAUACGCUGCAGUCCCCUUGGGAGAUUGCAGCCCAAUGGGUGGUGCCCCGGGAGGUGUAUCCCGAGGAGACACCCGAGCUAGGGGCUGUUAUGCAUGCCAUGACAACAAAGAAAAUAAUAAAAGCUGAUGUGGGAUACAAAGGGACCCAACUGAAAGCUUUGCUAAUACUUGAAGGAGGACAGAAGGUUGUCUUCAAACCCAAGAGAUAUGCCAGAGACUAUGUAGUGGAAGGAGAACCGUAUGCUGGCUACGACAGACACAAUGCAGAAGUGGCAGCCUUUCACUUGGAUAGAAUUCUGGGUUUCCGACGAGCUCCACUGGUGGUUGGCAGGUUUGUGAAUCUACGUACAGAGAUCAAACCAGUAGCCACAGAGCAGCUUCUGGGUACCUUCAUGACUGUGGGUAAUAACACUUGCUUCUAUGGGAAGUGCUACUACUGUCGUGAAACAGAACCAGCCUGUGCAGACGGGGACAUCAUGGAGGGGUCAGUGACUCUGUGGUUACCCGAUGUCUGGCCUCUUCAGAAGCAUCGGCACCCCUGGGGAAGGACCUACCGUGAAGGCAAACUUGCCAGGUGGGAGUAUGAUGAAAGCUAUUGUGAUGCCGUGAAGAAGACUUCACCAUACGACUCGGGCCCUCGUCUCCUCGAUAUCAUUGACACCGCCAUCUUUGACUAUUUGAUUGGGAAUGCUGACCGGCAUCACUAUGAGAGCUUCCAGGAUGAUGAAGGAGCCAGUAUGCUCAUCCUCCUGGAUAAUGCCAAAAGUUUUGGAAACCCUGCCCUGGAUGAAAGAAGCAUCUUGGCUCCGCUUUAUCAGUGCUGCAUCAUCCGGGUUUCUACCUGGAACAGGCUCAAUUACCUGAAGAAUGGAGUACUGAAGUCUGCCUUAAAAACUGCUAUGUCGCAUGACCCCAUCUCACCAGUGCUUUCUGACCCGCACCUGGAUGCCCUAGACCAGCGGCUGCUCAGCAUCCUGGCUACAGUGAAGCAAUGCACAGACCAGUUUGGGCCAGAUGUUGUGCUGGUGGAAGACAGGAUGACUCUGUCUCAUUUGUAAUUGUAGUGGAACAGAGACGAAACUCCUUUUUAAAACAAACAAACAAACAAACAAAAAAAGCGAUAGAAAAACAGCACAAUCAGUUCGGAAAGGCCGUGGCCGAGAUGGACUGAAUGAACAGGAAAGCUUCCAAGCCGGAGGAGCAGAGGUGACACUGGCUUUUACCUUGGGCUGGCAGCACUGAGAGGUGGGAGGUCGGAGCCUCGGACGGCUCAGUACCCGGAAUGGCAUCUUGGCCGUUGUGGUGUGUCCAUUGCCGGCAGUGGACAUUGCCCUGGAUAAAAAUGGCUCUUGGUGGAAGUGUGUGGAAUACAGACACUUAAUUUUUUGUGGACUGGACCUAGAGGGGACAAAUGGAGACGAACAGCACGAUCCUCUCCCCUUCUCUUCCCCGCGUAUCUACUCUUGCGAGUCUUUGUCUCAUUCAGGGUUGUACAUAAUCAGCUGUGAGCUGGUUAGGCAUUUUUACUGCUUCUUUAGAGAAAGAGGAAGUGGUGAAUAAAAUAAUUAUUAGACUGAAGAAUUGUGCCAACCCCCCGGGGGGUGGGAUAUUCUUCUGAAUGCCGUUAGGGGUGGGAGAGGGGACCUCUGCCGCUCAGUUGUCUUUUCCUCGGUAAAAGGCUGGAAAAGGGGUUUGCCUCACAUGUGAUAAUGCUUCAGUGUUUUCGCUGAAGUCCUAUCAAAGAUUUAUCCACAGGGUUGGAGAUUUAGGGGAGGACAGGGUGGUUAUGCAGCACUUGGUAAUUAAGGGAUUAAAGUAAGUUUCCACGUGUCCUGUCACUGUUUUCCAUUUAUAAGGAAUCUGGCAAGGUCUGAGUAGAGAAAGUACCCUUGCAGUCCAUAUUAACUGAAUUUUCAUUAUAUUGUAGCUGAGGAGGAGGACAGACUCUGUCCUUGGAAACAGGUUCUGGUUAGCAAGGCCACGCUGCUUACUGUAUGCCCUAUCAUUUAAUGUGAGGAACCUGAGCGUGUUGCACUGGGGAAAGAGAGAUGUAUUUGUAGACUUCCCAGUAACCAACAGCUGUGGGCAAGGCCCUGAAGAGUGGAGCGAGCCCUGAGCUGCGGUCUUUCUUCUUCAUCUCACGUGGACAGAGCUUCCUGCUGCUCCGUGUUGUAACCGCAGCUCAGUGCCGCUGUUUUGUGGAACGUCAGCAAUUUAUUCAGUCCCACCAUUUACCUGGCCUGGCUUGUGGCUGAGCUCUGAAGCCGUGGGCACUUUCAGUAAGUUUUCUGCCUUCCCCAGCUGCUUCCUGCAACCCCCACUGCGAUCUCCUGACUGGGGUGUGGUCAUCCUGGGGUCCUCGCUCCUAAAGGUUUUGCCAUGGAUAGGGGGGAGUUGGUGUAAGUUGGCUUUUCAGGGCAGACUUGUAGCAUUCGUCUUGUGCUAGUCCUGUCACCCUUCAGCACUGUGUCAGCCUGCACGGCGGAUGAGCUUGCGGCCAUAAAACUUGUCACACUUGUGGUAGGUCUGAAUCUGCAUCUCCUGAAGAGAAGCAGCUUCGUCGUUACAUUUCCAAAUGAACAGCUUUGCAUUGAUUUUUGGCUCAGGCAGUAUGGUCCUUAGAAGUAAGGAAAGAGCUCACUUCCCAAAGUGAUUAUGCAUUAUGGGACUUGCGAGCAAGAGCAGCAAAAUGUUAGGUUAAGACCUUUUCCUUGAUUUUUGUGUCAAAAUCUAGCUCUGCAGGAGUACGAUGGGCAGAUAAAGAGCUGUUUCCUGUUCAUGCUUCUGCUGCCAUAUCUGAUCAAAGAGGUGUUAGCUAGAGAGUUUAUUUAAAAAAAUGCAGUUUUAUUUUGUUGAAGUCUUUUUUUCAUUGCGUGGGCAGAAUAUCUUGAAAGUAGAAUGCAACUGUUUACCUGAAAUUGGAUUUCUGUGGUGUUCUAGCUCUCUUCUGGAUUGGGCUGCAUCACAGACCGGCCCACAGUCAGGGUGGGACCUGGGGUUAUUUGUUGGUGUUACUAGUCAGGGCUGUAACACACAGCCAGCUUUUAGGAUGCAGGUGUGAAGCUAGUGCCUGUUUAUUGCUGGAGGGGGUAAUACAACACAGGAUUUAGAAGCCAUGGUCCUUGGGUGAGUUUAACCCCCGGCGCGUUCUCUUAGGGCAGAAGCGAGUGGGCUGAGUGGCAGGUCCCUGGCUGGCAGUCAGGUUUCGGUGGUUGAGCGAGACGUUUUGGGGAAGUACUGUGGGCAACAGUUAGGUGGUUAGUGAAGGCUUUUCUUUUAAAGCAGGAUGGGUUGAUGCUGAGGCAUUUCGGCAUAAACCGUUUCCCAGGAGAUUGAAGAUGAUCUACACAAAGGGGAGACGGUGAAGCACAUAGUAGUGGCUUGUAGCAUUUUAAAAAGUGUGUUCUUCUCUUUGAGCUUAAUCAUGAGCACUUAAUAUUUUGGGAAGGAUCUACCAGAAUUUGAUGGUUUGAUUUCUGUGUGAUCGCUCCUGAUCAUUUACAUUUGAUUUAAUAAUGGAUUCCAAAAAAAAGUAUUUCUGUCUUUAUUAAAUUAAAUUAGUGUUCAGGACUUAUGUAUUGCUUGUUCAAGAGGCUCUAAGCUGAAGCAUUUGCUGUCAGAUGGAACCUGAGGAUAAGUUUUCCCCUGGUAUGAGUGUCAGAGAUUUAAACCAGUAUAUCGGUUUACUUGGGAACAAAGAGCAUGAAGUCUGGCAUCAGCAGCAGAAGGAAGCAAGAAACGGUUGCUUUUUUUUUUUUUUUUUUUUUUUUUUAAAUAUUGAUGCUUCUGGUCACUGUAGGCACCACUGGAGCUUGGUGUUCUGCAGCAGGAAAGAAGAAUAAAUUCCUCUCUUACUCAAAAUCAGGAAGAUGUGAUUUUGGCUUUGUGAUAAUCUCUGGCAUUUUGGCAAUGAUUGUUUUGCUUGAAUACAAAUGCCUGAGAAGUUUUAAAUUGUAACCCUUGCAAAAGAAAUAAGAAGCAGCACCCACACGCAAACAGGGUCUACUUGAAUCUCUGAAAAGUAGUGUCAUUUGUGAGGCAGGUGCUGUGCUCUGUCGAUGAGGUUUUCAUGACACUUUCUAAUUCUUGUUCACUGCGCGCACUGUAAUUUGCCGGCUCCAGAUGUUACAAAAUGGUUGUGUUGCAGAUAUUAGUAAUAUCAGAGCGCUUGAAGCACAGAAAUCAAGAACUAAUUAAAAAGAGAGCAUCAUCAGCCAUCUGCUAUUUAUCUCCUCCUUCGUAAGUCAGCAGCCAGGCUGGAGGAGACACCGAAGUCGACUCCUCUUCCAGCAGCUAAUGAACUGGAGUGUGUCUUGCCAAACAAACUUCCACUGAAAAAUACUAAUUUAUUAAGAAGGUAAUUUAUUUGCUGUGGCAGCUGGAGCAAGAUGUUCGAAGCAGACACCCCUCUUGGAGCUGUCAGAGGAUUGCCCCUGGGAGCAGCUGCACAAAUGGAGGUUGCUAAUAAGAAAACAGAAUGCAAUCAUGACUUUCUACUUGUAUUCCCCAGGGUCAGAUACUGCAUAAAGCAACAUUGUGUGAAUAAAGAUUUUAAUAAAGCAACGUUGAUGGAUUGUUUAA